AUGCAGCCGAAGGGAGGCGGCGCGGGGGGGCUGGCGGCCUCCUCGCAGGUUGCGCCAGCGACAGGCGCCGCCGCGACCGCUAGCGCAGUUGGUGGCGGUGGUGCGGCGGGAACCGCAGGCGGAGGCAAGGCGAAGGGGACGAAACCACCAGCCACAGCACACAAACCCGGCCACUUUCACUCCUCUCCUCUCCAAUCACUUCAGCCCCUCCUCUCAUUCCAGCACACUCCCCCCUUUUCCCCCCACAUCUUGCCCCUUCUGCCCGCCCUCACCCGCCCAGUUGGGGCGGCAGCGAGGCCCAAGAAGAUGUUGAAAGCAGAUGUCCUUUCGCCCCCUCCUCUCAUUCUCGCACAGCAUACCCUUUUCUCCCCCACCUUCUCUCCCCCCCCUUCGUCCCCCCCACCCCAUUCCCUCCCUUCUGUCCCCCUCUGCCCGCCCUCACUCACUCCCCCAGGCGGAGCAGCAGGCGCAGCGGCAUGGAGGCCAAAGAAGAUGCCCGCCGGCCCCUUGGUCGCUCCCCACCCCUUCACCCCUCUACCCGCCCUCACUCCCCAAGAUGUCCGAAGAAUAUGUCCGCUGCCCCCUCGGUCCCCUCCCACCCCUUGCCCUCCUCUGCCCCCCUUUACCCGCCCUCACGCCCCCAGGCGGAGCAGCAAGCGGGGCGGCAGCGGCGAGGCGAAGCUCAAGAAGAUGUCAUCGGAUUAG